AUGCAUGCUUCCACGGACCUCCAUGAGGUCUACCCGAAGAACUCCCUCCUCUGGCGCGCCGUGACCAUCGUCUUGCUCGUCUGCGCACUGCCGCUGGUCGUGGUACUUGGCCUCCUCGUGGGCAUAUACGCAGGCGUGGCCAAGCUGCGUGCGUGCUGCCGCCCACGCAAGCCACACGUGACCGACCGGUUCACUGCGUACCCACCGCCCGCACCGGCCGCCAAGGUCCCGUACACGAUCGAGUCGACGUAC